CAGCAGGAGCACGUCCACUCGUUAAAUUCCUAAAAUAAAACUAUGUCUCUAUGAAUUCGCCAUAAAACAGUGUAGACACAAGUGCGUCUGAUGGCCGGGGAAGCGGGUUUCAAAAAACGAGGCAAACUAACUCACCAAGAAUCCAAUAGGUCUGCGAAAGAAGCAGAAAUCGAAGUUGAUAGAAGUGUGGGAAGCAGUAACAAUCAAAAUAAACGACCCGGAAGCAGGGUGUACAAGAUUGUUGUUUUGGGAGAUGGUGGUGUAGGAAAAUCAGCUGUGACUCUACAGUUUGUCAGCCACAGUUUCCUGGAUUAUCAUGAUCCAACGAUUGAGGAUUCAUAUCAACAACAAGCAGUCAUCGAUGGUGAACCAGCACUACUAGAUAUAUUGGACACUGCUGGACAGGUUGAAUUCACAGCAAUGCGUGAUCAGUACAUGCGAUGCGGCGAAGGUUUCAUGAUUUGCUACAGCGUAACGGACCGGCACAGUUUCCAAGAAGCCUCAGAAUACAGAAAACUGAUCCAGAAAGUCCGAGCUUCCGAAGACACGCCCAUAGUAUUAGUAGGUAACAAAUUCGAUCUUCAUAUGCAACGCAAAGUUUCCACUGAGGAAGGAAAAUCUCUGGCACGUCAAUUCGGCUGUCCAUUUUAUGAAACCUCGGCCUGUCUAAGGACGUACGUGGACGACGCUUUUCACACUCUAGUCCGGGAAAUUCGGACUAAGGAAAGGGACAGAUCGGGUUUGCCUGGCAACGAACGAAAACUACGACGGCACAGUAAAUGGUGGCGGUUACGAAGCAUUUUUGCGCUAGUUUUCAAACGAAAACGUCCCACGAAUUAUAGUGUCUAGAUUAUUUUGGCUAUGCUGAUUUUAGGUUCACAUCAUUACAAAAUCUGUACCUACUUAUAUCGGAACUUGCUUGUAUCUUCAUCUCAAAAUGUGGAACCCAAAUUCAAUUACAUAUAUAUGAAGUUCCAUGUUCCUCCUGUAUAGCAUAUGAACUCUGGGAAAACAAUCUAAAAAAAAUAGAUCAAAAUGCCUAUACUGAGUACAGAUUUUGCACUAGAUAUAUUUAUUGAAUAAUUAAUUUUUCUUUGCUGCAUUAGAGGAGUUUUCACAAUAACAUUCCUACACGAGAAAUUUACUGCCAUUUUUGUUCUUGCAUAGGCACUCCACUCUAGUCCUUUAAAAAUUGCAACUUGGACCAAAAAUUACCAUACAAUCUUAUAAAAUAAGGAAAAAUUGAAAGCUCGAGUGCAAUUUCUUCUACAAAAUUGUAGUUCAGUUUCCAAUAAUAAAUCAGAGAUAGUGUUUUGUUACCCAGCAGAGUGUCAUCAAAUCUCUAAAACUUGUUGCAUUUAUAUCUUAGGUAUGUUUGUUUUUUUUUGGUAUUAUUAAUUUAAGUAUUGUUAUAUUAGGUCUGCUUCAUGAAGUUGGACCUUUAAAAAGAUUUAUUAGGACGCGAAUUAAACAAAUUAAGAAAAAAGCUUUAAUCAUUAGGUUAAAAACAAAGUAUGUUUAGGGAGAGUUUAUCACUCAUGUUCCAAAUAUUGAUGAUGUUAAUCAAGAGCCUUGUCUGUGAUUAAAUAAUGUGUACAAUGAGGUUCUAUAUAUAUGUUUGUGACUUAUUGAUAUUUGGAACUUGUUGUUUGAAUAACUCCAUUGAACAUUAAUAGAUUUAAUUGUUGUAGAUUAUACAAUAGAGAUUAAUUCAGUGGAGCUACUACAAACAACUUUAAAAGAGCUUUAUUAUAUAGGUUUAAUAGGAUAAUAUGUAUUUAUUUUACAAUAAUUUUCUAGUCAUAUUUUUCUAUUUUAGAGGCUUUGACCAUUGAGUUUGUUAGACAAUUUUGUGCACAAUCAAAUUUGCUGUUUAAAACAGGUUUGUUAAUUAUUUAUAUAAAUUGCUCAUUAAGGAUCUGUAUAUGUGCGUAGUUUCCAAGGGCUGGUUCACAUCUAAGCUGUUUUGUUUCAAGCUCUUCAAACCGCUUAUACGUUUUAUCAUAGACAAUCAAAUUUAUUAUUUCGAAAAGGUUUCUGCUAUUUUGGCUUGUAUACUCACCAGUGUAAUUAGAGCAAUAUUGGGUUUACUACUUUUUACAUUUUUAAAUUCAAAUGAAGAUUGGACAAUAGUAACGAAAACGAAAACCAGGGCAUCAGAGAGAUAUUGGUUUGAUAACCCAAAAUAUAAAAUACUUAAUGAUUUCAUUAGAAAACAUCGACAUUGCUUAUGAUUCUAUUUAGAAGAUAAUAUGGGGUUUCUUAGGAGGUGAUUGCGGUACAUGUAGGCACACAGGUUUUCUCAAACCCAAGGCAUACAAAAUAAAUUUUAUUAACUAUAAUAUCUCAACAUAUCGAAAAAGUUCUUUUUAUAAUUGUCUUCUAUAUAGGGCUUCAAAAGACUGCACAUUCUAGCUUCCAAUGUUUUUCCAAAAUCAAGAUACAGGUUCACUAUUUUCAAUUAUGCCAGUGAGUUACAAGCCAUCCAAUAUGUAGAAUAAAACGUUAUAUUAUAUUAUAGGUGAAACAAAAUAUUAAGCAAUAACCAUGCAUACAUGUAUGAAGUACAUUUAGGUAUAGAAAACGAGCUGUAAAAAUUAACAUUAAGAUGUUGAAUGGUAACUUUCUAGAGUAUAUUAAUAAAAUUAUAUAUGUAUAUCAGUCAGUGGUGUAUUAAAUAAGGAGUACAAAUCAAUAUGGUUAGAAUGAGUGUUAUUUUGUUGCUGCAGUAUUUUAGAAAAAAAUGCUUCAAGUUAUGAUUUCUGUAAAUAUUUUUAUCGUCACUCCAAUCUAGUCUUAACAUGAAUCACAAGUUUUAUUUAAUUUCUUUUGUAUUUUGUCUACUAUAUAGAGUCAGGCCAUAGAAGACUGAAGAAUAAUCUUGAUUUUUUAAUAUGAAACAUAAUUUUUUUUUUAUAUUGUAUCCUAUCAUAUAAAUUGAUUGAAUUACCUAAUGACUUAAAAUGUAUAAUUGUUUAUCAAGUUAUUAUUUUUUAAUAAAUUUUAAAUAAUA